AUGGCGUUGCCUCCUCUCCAGAGGAAGUGGCUCCCCGUGUCCCAGGGGGCUAAAAAGGGAAACGAGGAGGAAGGAUGGAUGGAGCAGGCAGGGAAGCAGGAUUACAAACUUCUGAAGAGUAAGAAGUCUGAAACAGGGCUGCAGGGAGUGACUGGAGAAUGGUUUGAAGAAAUACAAAGAAAAAAAUUUCAGAAUUACAUUGAUGUCAAUAGAAUGCUAAAACCACCAUUAGAGCAUCAGCUAAGGAAGAGCAAGAACACCAAUCAUAAAGAAUUAAAAAUGUCAUCCUGCGCAAAUCCUCAAGCUCAAAAGAACACUUCAGCUUCCUUUCUGGGGUUCAGAUCACCUUUUGCUUGGCUUUUCUCCUUUAGAAAAUCAAGGAAAAACCAGACUCAGAAGCAACCACGAUAUGACAGUUCUGCUAGCCCAUCUUCGAAAGUGGAAGAAAUGGCAACAGCUGAAGUGUGUAAUUCCCCAAUCUCAGCUGAAACAAGUGAUCAUUCUUUUGAUGCAAACCAAAAUGAAAUGAUGGAGAAAAGUACACAGGAAUGGAAUGAACAGCUAGAGAAGGAGUUUUUCAGUGUUCUAAAUGAUCUGGAUGAUCAGCUGGCUCAGGAACAAGCCCAAGACCCAUUGGACAGGACAGUUUCUACUAGCAGCACAUCAAGUGUCCCAUACAGUAGUGCCUUCCCUACUUCAAAGAGGCAGACUGCUAGUAGGGGGCAACACAGAAAUGACUGGAGUGACAUGCCUAGCACAUUUUUCCCAGAUGGACUGAGAACAAUAAGAGCCAAAGAUGAACACAAGAUUUUCAUCAGACCAAGGAAAUUACACAGUGCAUAUAUAAACUGGCACCAGACAGCCUUUCAAGAAGAUUACAAAUACGGUGAUCCAGUUGAUGGAAAUCCUCAUCUGCUAAGCAGCAGGCUAUCUUCCGUUUCUUUUGGACGGUCUUCAGAAGGAAGCUUACAUCCUCCUUCCAUAACACAGAACAGUGGAUUUAGGCACAAGAGUUGUAUGAACAGGGAUACAGCUGGCAGAAGUUACUCUGUAUGUUCCCUUCGGAGAUGUCCAUCGUCAGUAUCUUCUGACCAGCUAUCAGCAUCUAGUUUACAACAUCCGUUGGCAAGGGAGAGCAGCAAUGGUUUUGUACCAAGGUUUGGUCGACAGAACCCAAAGAGAAUUCCUCUAUCUUCUAUUGUAUGGAACAACACACCGGACUCUCCUGGACAAACAUCAACUCAAGAAAAAAUGUUUAGAACCCAAUCACUGAUGGAGUUUCAUGCUGCAGACCAUGGUAGAUACCCUAGCUCUUUGCAAGAAACCAAGAAAUAUGCAUCUUACCACUCAAAACACCACUACAGAAGAUCUAUUUCAAGCAGUAGUUGCUUUAGUAGAGUUAGUUGCCCUGACAAAGCUAUUUCUCCAUUGCCCUUUGAUAACUGGGAAAAUUAUCCAUUAUACAAAUCGGAAAAUAAUCUCUCUAGAUCCUACUAUAGAGAUACUUCUCAUGACAAGUUGUAUGCAAACCAAAAAAAUUCUCCUUAUGGAAAAAAAGACAGCUAUCCUUCUUGGGCUGAUAUUCCUCAGUACUACAGUGAUGAAGUGUUUAUUUCCCCUGAUGCCAGCUUUGAAGUGAUUAUCGCUAAUUUAAAUGACCGGCAGUGGGCACAUACAAAGAAUGCCAAGUUUGGUUCACGGCGCCUGCAGAACGAUUUUCACAUGUAUUCUCCAGAAAAUAUGAAUGUCAAAAGGAUAACAAGAAGUGCAAAUAGAACUUUUUCAGAAUUCACUGAGGGCUGUCAGCCUUGGCUAAGUUGUAGCUCUUCAGUUUCUUCAUCUAGUAUCAGAACUGAUGAGUCAGUCCUUCCUAAUUUGAAGGAGCAAACAAAACCUAAAGGACUGAACAGGAAUUCAGUCAUCAUUACCCAAAGAAGUACUAAGGCAGACUUUACACAACUAGAAAAGGCUGAAGGUACGAAACUGCCAGAUGACCACAUGCCGUUACAGUCAGUUUCUCAACAAGCAGAUACAAACUACAUCAACACUCAGAGUUUUCCCUCUAACAGCCCUGCUUCUGCCAUGUUGCAAAGCGAUGCAUCUCUCUUUAACACAAUGAGAUCAAAGAGACAAACCCAAGCCACUGCCAGAGGAGAUACUGCAAAAAUGUAUACAUCAAAUGGUGAUAAAAGAAAUGUACAAAUGAAGGAAAACGAUUGCCCACCCAACAGUGUGUUCAGUCAGCCUCCUCGUAUUUUGCCAGCUGAUGAGAGCCGGAAAGAACCUUUUCUUCCAAGUCAAAAAGAAUGGGAACAUAAUCUUCAUUAUGCAGCAAAAAGAGAGAGCAUCAAACAGGAUAAUCGGAGUACAGAAGCCAUUAACCAAGCUACUCCAAAGAGACAGUCCUCACUGCUGAAUGUUGCUCCUGCUCCAUCCACUGAAAAAUUAGCAAACUGUCAAGGCAUGUUGUCCUGUCCUCCUGAAUGUUCAUCUAGCUCCUCACAAAGCUCUCCACAAGCACUUUCUCAUAAGGACAAUUCUAAAUGUUUAGGAACACUAACUAGCUCUUCAGUAAAUUGCACAGUUACUGAAUCUCAAGCAGAAGGUGGAAAAACAGCUCAAGUGAGCAGAAUAGGCGUUACCAAAAAGAUUUCAGAGAAAGCACUGCAAAAUGCAAGCACUUUAGUAACUAAGGACUGUAAUGGACAAUUCACUACUAGUUCUCCACAAAAUGGAAAUUCUGGAAAUAUUAAUAUGCAUAGCUUUGAUGGAGACCCCAAGACCUCUGAACAUAGUUUAAGUUAUUUUUGCCUUGAAAAAGAAAGUGGAAAAAUAAGGAGUAAUUCACCUUGUAUUGAAAGGCUUCACAAGCAAGACAGCUUGCUGAGACAUACCAGUAGCUGCAGCAUUACUGGCUCCCCUAGCAGAAACAGCCUGAAAUCUCCUGACCCACUUGUCAUUUAUUACACUUUGCCUAGAAAAUCAGCUAGCAUUGCUGGUAGUGUUACGACAGAUACGCCCAUCUCUUUACCUAGAGAAAGCAGAACAACGUACAACUGUGUAAGAUCUGAAACUCCACAUAGAGCUGAUGCCUGUUGUUCUAAUCAAAGAGGUGUGUCUUGUUUAGACUCAAAACAUUCCUUUUUAACAUCAGCAUCAUUAAAUGCUGCUACAAGUAGCAAAGAAAAAGAUUACCCCAGUCCUUUAACCAAAAGUCCUAAUGAUUCGGUAAGUAGUAGUACGUCAGUUGAACUGACAGACAGAUGUAAACAUCUAAGUAGAAGAGAAUCCUCCGUGUUUUCAGAUUGUAAGGAGAGAGGAAAUUUUUUACAGAAAUAUAAAACUACAAGCACUUUUACAGUUUGUGUUGAUGAAGAUCACGUCAAAUAUCAUGAACUAGUUUCAAUUUAUUACACAUUACCACGGAGGCAUUCAAGAACAUUUUCUAACCUCUUUAGGGAUGAUCCAGAGGAUGCAGAUUUACCUUGUCCCAAAGAAAAUGCUCAGUCACCAAGAAUACAAAACAAGAAACACGAAGGUCAUGUGAGUUUAGCAAAUGUUUUUUUCCCCAGUACUUUGGAAAAAGAGGUGCCUUCGUAUUCUUCUGACCAAGUAUCUUCAGCUCUGGUCACACCUCAGAACUUAGAAAGUGCUGUUGAUAGUGAAGAAAAGAAUUCCCACUUAUCUCCUAGCUCUGAGAAGAUAUAUGCUUCAAAGUCAAUGAGCAUAGUACAUAGCAGGAAAGAUAGUUCAGCAGAUCUUUCAUUAACAGAAAAUGUGCUGUCUGACACAGUGACAAAAGAAAUUUCUUCUGGUGGUCCACAACCCACUGCAAUAGUGGCUAAGUCAGGUAAGGCCAUUUGUAAUGCUUCAAGCAGCCAAAAUGCAGAAAUAUCUCUAAAAGAAAAGAAGGAAAUUUUACAAACAGCCACACCGCUAAUGUCCACUUUAUCAACCUCUCCCAAGCCAGGCAGACGUUUAGAGAGUCCUUUGUAUUCUACUUCAACAAAUAAAAAUAUUAUACAGAAGGGAAACUCUGAAAACUGCUGUCAGCCCCCUAAAGUGAACGCCAAUAAAAAUCUGAACAGUUUACUCCUCCCCCCAGGAGAGAAGAGUUCCCUUGGAAGGAACGGUAACACAGAGCGUGCUGAUGUGCCGCGUCUUCCUGCGGAAGACACGUACAGGGAUAGUAAUGAAUUCAAACAGAGAGUAAAUUUCCUACACCAAACCACCCCUCUGUAUAAUAAUAAAUGUAGUGGACUGCAAUUAAGGGCUGACAGUUCAAGAAAAAAUGCAAAUGAUUUAAACUCCUGUAGCAGAGUGCUUUCAGAGUCUCAGAACAAAGCAUCUGAGGUAAGCACAGCUUCCAGUGCUGAUCUAUUACUAGACAAAGCGGUUAGCACAGAUACAGAUGAAUUAAAGAAUUUAAAAAUUAAAAAAGAGCAAAACUCACAGAGUAUUCAGAUGGGUAAAGAUUAUAGUGGGUUGCAGGAAUCACAAAGGCACAGUGAAGGCAGCCCAAACAUUAACUAUAAAGUCCUCAGGGUUACAGAAGAUCAGAAGACAACACAGAGUGCAGAAGAUGAGAACAAGCUUCUCUCUGACUGCACAAGAGACAAAAUCAAAGAUAUAGAAAAAAGGAAAAACAGACCUUCAAUUAAAAAUAAACUGGCAGCUGUUUACAAAACAAGUCGAAAAUUUUCAAGUAAAAAUUUACCCCCCAAACCGCACAUAAGUAACAUUUUCUCACAGAAUGAUGGAAGCGCUACUUCUUUAGAGGUCGACAUGUUCCUUGACUCAUUGAUUUCAACGGAUUCCCAUCAGCCAUUCCUGCAGCCAGAGAAUGACAACCAGAAUCACAGUCUGGACCCUGGUAAGAAUACGCCAAGACCAGGAACAGCUGAGAAGACGACAACUGAAAAUCAGAAUGAUCCUUCUUUGCUUGUUAAUAACACCAAUUGGAGGUCUUUUACAAGCUCACACACCCAGAAGGUAGCCAUCAGUCCCAAAAAAACUACAGUGAAAGUAGAAAACAGGCCAAGUCUUACAACUCUAUUUCCAGAUAAAGCAGUAACCACAAGAAAUAAGAAUUCCCAAAUACUUGAUCUCAGGUUAGAAAGCAAAAGCCAGCCCAUCUCUCCCACUGCUCCUACAUCAGACCCACUGAAUGAUCACAAAAGAAGAGCUAGCAGUCGUGGCUGCAGUCCUCCCUUGCCACUUUUAACUGACAAAAACUCAAACACAUAUGUAAGUAGCUGCUUGCAGGCAGAUGUAUGUCCAGAGCAAGACUCGACUUCCCAGACAGUGCGUGGUCACUGUCAAAAUACCUUUCAGUCUGCUAGCUUAAACAACGCUAACUUGCGUAGCUAUCAGUUGCGCAAGAGUCAUGCCAGAAGUCAGCGUGAGCGUCACCUUUCUGAGAGUAUUUGUCCUCGAGAUUCCCAUGAGACCUUUGCCUCCAGAAGCAAUAUUCUCCCAACAGAUGGUAUACACGGGAAGAGAUUUAAAUCUUACUCGGAGCUGUUGUCUUGUGAUGAAAAUGAAAACUGGGCAUCAGACAAUGAAAAAUGUUACAGCACUAGAAAUUUGAUGUAUCCUUCUGUUGAAUUUGGUAUAUUUGGCAAAGAACAACAGUUGGCUUUCCUGGAGAAUAUCAAGAGGUCACUCACGGAAGGGCGAUUGUGGAGACCUUGUCUUCUUAAUAACCCUGGUGCUCUCAGAGAUGGAGAGACCCCUUCUAUAAACAGGGCUGAGCUUUUGAGCUCAGGUUCUGCUGGGAGUAAAAUGUCAUCGGCUGCCUCAUCCCCCCGAGAGCUGAGCGAUAUCUAUCGGGAAGACCCAGCUGCUUAUUCAGAUUCAGACAGCGACACCACCACCGACGAUGAAUACUACCUAGAUGAGAUAGAUAAAGAAUCGGAGCUAUGA